UGUGUUGCUUGACAACUAACACACGAAACAUCCACCUUGCCCAUUUUGCUGGCAUUAUUUGGUGAAUUUUACUCCGCAUUUUCGCAUCUAGACUAACGAUGUCUCUCAAAAUAUCAUCAGCACCUAGGCCGUGUCAUAGACCCCAUCGGUCUAAAGAAAAGGAAGAGACUGCUUCCAGAAGAAGUGGAGCUUUCACGAUAAAAGCCUUCCAGAAAAAUGCAGAUGUUGGUGGGCCACCAAGUGCUGGAGCUUUCAAAGCCAAGAGUUCUGGAAACACAGCAUUCAAGAAAUUCUAUCAGAGAGGAGACUUCCCAAUUGCUCUGGAGCAUGACACAAAAGGAAACAAGAUUGCAUGGAAGGUUGAAAUAGAGAAGUUAGAUUUCCAUCACUACCUGCCUCUGUUUUUUGAUGGUCUCUGCGAAGUUAACCAUCCACAUGAAUUUUUCUCCCGGCAAGGCGUACAUGACAUGUUAGAGCAUGGAGGCACUAAGGUGUUACCAGUAAUACCACAGCUCAUUAUACCUCUCAAAUUUGCCUUGAAUACGAAAAAUCCAAUCAUUGUCUGCACAACUCUGAAAAUCUUGCAACACUUGGUUGUGUCAGCAGACAUGAUUGGCGAGGCGUUAGUCCCCUACUACAGACAGAUCUUGCCAGUGUUGAACACAUUCAAAAAUAAGAACAUUAACUCUGGUGAUGGCAUCGAUUACAGUCAGCAAAAGCGAGAGAACAUGGGUGAUUUGAUCCAGGAGACACUAGAAGCUUUCGAAAGGCACGGCGGCGAAGACGCGUUCAUCAACAUCAAAUACAUGGUCCCAACGUACGAAUCCUGUAUGCUCAACUAAACACCAAAAGACUUGUAAAUAAGAUAUAAAUAUGUGUACAGAACAAUAUUUUUUAUCAUAUUCUUACCUCUACGCUGGACUAAAUGGAUUUUUACUUUUUGGUUAACGCCAGAGUGCUCUCUGCCUGGCAAGUAUACAACCCCUUUGAUAACAACAUUGAGAUUACAAAAAGGACAAGUUUUACUCUUAUUUUUUUGGUAAUUUUUGCAGCCAUAACCAAAGUCAGUUUGAGUUCGUGUUGAAAUAAUUCUGAUUUCUGAUAGAUAGAGGAUACUGAUGAGUCAUAAAAGAUCAUACAUAUUGUAUGUAUAAGUAAGGACAGGCAACACUCUUAGAAUGUUAUUGUCUGCUUUAUUGUCUGCAUCAAACAUUUUGGCGCUGAGGAUGAAAUGCCCUUCUUUGCCUAAAUUGCUCCUGCAGUAUAGCUAUAGUCCAGGGUUGUCUACUACAAAUUCUACUUAAUCAUGCUUCUAUAGUUUAGAAUGGAUUAUCUGGAAUUUAUUGGUUGUGUCAAGAGGAUGUCUCAGGAGUUGGGGUUAGUUUUCUAGGACAAUUCUGGAUUGAUGCAUCAAAGCAAAAACUUUGAAGAGGUGCAGUUGGAUAAAGUUGUUCUGUUGAGUACAUGCCCGGGUCAGGUUGGACAUGUUUGAGCAGACUGGGAUAAAACAAGUCUAUCAACAAUGUUCUUGCUUAUGAAAGCAAACUGUUGGCCUUGCUCUUUUCAAUGCAUCAUCUUGGAAUAAGAGACAUUUGAGGACACUUUAACCUACAAGAUGGAUGCAUGUUUAAAACUGAUAAGGCACAUAAUCUGGACGAAGGGCAAGGAGAUACAAGUAUAUUACAGAUUUCCGGAUUUAAAAUAAUUGUGCAUUGUUUAGGACGGUGGGGAAAAUGUAUACAAUCUAAAUGUUCUGCAAUUGGCUUUGCCAGAAUGUUUCAUUUGUACAUAUGAUGGCCAUUAAUAAAUGCUUGUUUAAGUUAUUGCAACAUACACAGUCAUUUCAUGAAUGGUAUAAUAUUGAUGUUGUGGCGGAUAUAGUGCAUGUUGUCAUUGUAACAACAUACUUGUCUUGGAAUUAACUAUGUAUGUUUUAAUUUAAAGUCGUCAUGGCAUAUAUUUCCUGAAGUUGCCAUUGAAAAUGCUUAUAAUAAACCUCUGGAUUAGCUUGAUAAUCCCUCGAUGUAUAAGGUCGCUUGUAUAGCCUUCAUGUACCAUGCUAAACUUUUAUUUCAACUGUUGAGUGUUACCAAUACCAUUGUAUAAUGUGUACGAUAAUGAAUAUGAAAGUAUGCCGAAGGCUGAAAUGCAAAAAUAUUAAAGACCAAAAAUCAUAGAGAAAAAGGUAUUUGCAUUUUGACUCAAACAAUUUUGUAAUAUAUUAGGAACUUUUUAGAGAUUACUGUUUUAUUGACUAACAUGUAGUUAUAUGUGUGAAUUCCGUCCAAAAUAUGUCCUGGUUGAAAUCACAGGGUCAUGCAAGUCCAUCUGUGGUGACCAAGUUGAAUAUAUCUGUGAUAAAUAUUAUGAAUUGACUUGGGUGGUUUGCAGCUAGCUGCUAGCCUCAGGUAAAGUAGACUUGCACAUUGGUUUGAGAUUCAAUGCAAUAAUUUUCCUUUGUUUUGUUUUUCAAAUCAAAAAGUUUCAUCAAGUCCAAAAUUAGAUGUAUUGUAUAUUUUCACCCAUAGAAAUUGCAUCAGAACUGCAUAUUUUAUGUCAAUAUAUCUGGAUUAUUAGAUGUGGAUUAUGGCGCGGAAGUUUGAAUUUCCCGCACAGAUUAUUUGUAAGCGCAUGCGCACUCGCCAAACUCGAAAACAACCGGAGUCAGGAAGAACGGAGUGGUCGGGGAAAAAGGGUCGAUUUUCAUAUACUAUAUGGGCAGACUGGUAAGAAAUCUAUCUGUAUUAUAAGAUCAAUAUGUAUAGAAAGUGUACGCCCCUCAAUAUGUAAGAAAGACUCCUGGUAAUAAUAGUAAUCGCCGGUGGAAUUGGCGAAGGUUCAUUUCCAUGUGGUCGCGCACUGUUCUUCAAUGCAGUGCUGCCCUCUUUUAUUCAGCUUAUAACUAAAGUAAUAGAAAGAGUACUGUAAAAUCGCACCUGAGACAUCAGUUUGCUGGGAAUUUCUAGUUAUGGUCAAUGUUAAUGUCACAUUCUGUUCACAUUGUAUCAUUGUAGGUUUCAAAUGACCUUUUGGACCUUUGUACGGUUAGAAGUCAAGAAAAUCGAGUCAUAGUAAAA